AUGGAGAUCAAGAACGACCGUAAGACGGGAAUGGUGACUGUGCAACAAACCAAGUUUCUCAAGUCCGUGUUAACCAAGUUCGGAAUGGAUAACAGCAAGCCAGUGAAGACGCCUCAAGAUCCGGCCUGA